GAAACCCUUUAUUUUUGUUAUAAAUUCUGGACGGCUGAUUAUUCCAACCUUGAAAACUAAACGGCAAACCUGAAUACGAAGUGUUUGCUUUUGUGAGUUCCAAGUGCCAAGUGGUCUUCUGCAUACUGGAGAGAUCCUCCGGUCCUCUCCCUAAGUAUCUCGAUCGUCAUAUGGCGACUAAGACAAUUGCUAAAUCAGAAGACGAACAUAUUGUUCGGUAUGUACGCACUCUUGCCAGCGAUGCCUCCAACGUGAAGCAAGAAGCGCUAGUGAAGCGUGCUCAGACCUACUUUAAACUGAUUAAAGUCCAUGGAUCCAAACUGAAUCCGGUAAGCGACCGUCAUGAAAUGAAAUGUGUGGCGGCGUGUAUGCUGGCUGGAAAGGAGCUCAACCACACAUUCCCCGGCAAACAAGCUGUUAAGCUUACCGGGGUGUCGAAAACAGUUUUCGACAGAUAUGUUGCGUACGCUGGAGAACUCCUGCAAGUGGACACAUCGGUGUCGGUGAAAGAAAUCGCUAUUCUCCAGGGUGUGGAGACGUGCAUUCCCUUGGCGAUCAAGUUGUUGACAGCUUUUAAAAGCACUUUUGGACAUAAUUUCGAAGGUGUCCGAGAAGAUCAGAAUGUGGCCGCGGCGGUGUUCUUGGCCGCAACGAAGAUGCAUUUGAAAGUCAACAAGAAAGAAUUAACCACUCUGUCCAAGCUGAAUAGUGGUGCCUUUAAUCUGCUGGUUGACCAGAUGCGUCCUUUGUAUCCCGAGGUGGUCGACAGUCUGACUCAAAGCAACAAGAAAACAGGCGAAAAGGAAAGCAGCCGCAAAAGGAAACGUGUCGAAAGUGAUGAUGAUGAGAGCGAUGAAGAUUUGGAUGCCGAAAAACAUAGCAACGCGAACGACGAAGAUAAUGAGACGGAAAUGGACUGGCCAUCACUGAAAAUGAAAUUACUUCGCGAGGCAUUUCUGGAGGUGCAGAAAAGCGAUCCUGCCAAAUUCAAGAGUCUUAUGGCCAAGUACAAAUCCAAACUGCCCCAAGGAUUUUCACUUCGUUAGAUUUUAUUCCCGAAGUUCUGGUAACUGCUGACGAUUGAGUACAAUUUUGUUCGAAACAGAUUUCCGUUGACAUUGUACAGAAUGACAUACAAGGAUAAACAGCGUAAGAAAACAUGAACGGAAAACAGGAAAUCCUUCUUCAUUUUUUAGAUUUUGAUUUCUCCUGGUUUUAUUUAUUUUCUUGUACCGGCGUUUUUGUAACUUGAAUAAAUUUUGAUGUGCUG